AGGCAAUGAAAUAUGCAAGAAAACAAACACAAGAUGAACUUUCUCCUCUGCCAGUAGCUCACAGGGGGCAUGUUUUUACUACAGGACUAAAAGUCAACAAAUUACACAAGGUAAUAUUGAUAAACUUCGAUAAAAGCACAGAGAGCAAGUGAAUAAAUCAGACACAGAGUGAUUCACACUAGAAGAUGCUUAGUUUUAUGAGUCUGUUGAUUCUUCUCUGCUGCGAACUGAAUUCAGGCCAGUUUGAGAAUGACUCACAAAGCGAACCUCUGUGCCCCGAUUCCCACGAUCUUCAGAAAGAGUAUGAUGCCAUGAAAAAAAAGAUGGAAGCCUUGGAGAAAAUGCUGAAAGACAGUCAAACCAGGUUAAUCAACAACGAAAACACGAGAACAGAGCUGAAAAAUGAAGCCAGCAUGCAGGUGAUAUUCAGUGCAGCAGCAGGAGGAGGUAGCUCGAUCGGACCUUUCGACACAGACACAACUUUAAUCUAUGAAACAGUUAUUACAAACAUUGGCAGUGCUUACAAUAAAACCACAGGUGUCUUCACUGCACCUGUAGCAGGUGUUUAUUACUUCAGCAUCUUCUAUCAUGCUGGAGGAGAACAUGAGGGAAAGCUGCUGUUGUACAAGAACACUCAGCUGGUGGCGAUGGCCUUUGAUCAACGAUCAGACUCUGACACAGCUGAUAACGGGGGAAACGCAGUGUUUCUGCAGCUGCAACGAGGAGACCAGGUGUAUGUUCACAUGGCUCCAAACUCACAUGUCUGGAGAAACUACAAACACACAACUUUCAGUGGGUUUUUAGUCACGCAAAUGUAAAAAAAAAAAAAAAAAAAAAAAAAAGAUAGUAUACAGUAUAAUAAUGUCAGGUUAUGAUGUGACAAGAGUUGAAUAAUUAAUUGUUUAAAUGAAGAGCUGAAAAACACACACUGAUGUAUAAUGUGUAUAUGUGUAUAGUGAUGACUAAUAAAUGAAACCAUCCAACAAAACACAUAAUACAACAA